AUGUAUGUACCCGUCAUCAGAUAGAGAUCCACAUCAGAUAGGCUACAAGCCCUCCUCACUCGCAUGCAUGCGCAUCCCCGCCGUCCCUGCUUACAUACAUACAUACUCCUACUCCUUCCUAUUCCAGAGUGCAGAGAAACAGAUGAGCAAGAUCGGACGAACCAGAUUGAAGGAUCAAACAAGCAGCCUUCAGUACAGUGUCAGCCGUUAACCGAGACGAGGGAAAGGUCAGAACAGGAAGGGGUACUAGUACUACAUAUAGUGGGAACAGAGAGGCCCAGGUGCUUGCUGGUCAUCACCAUUCAUCAUCACUCAGAGUCCAGGUGCCAAGCACGGACACCUCGGCGGGGAUGGGCACGGAGCCGAGCGUCGCGCUGUACCGGCGGUGGAUCGCCGGCCAGGAGGCGGGCCUCGCCGAGCUGGAGGCCGCGUCGGCCAAUGCAGCCGCGGGCAGGGCCACCGACGCCGAGCUGCGCGCCGUGGUGGCGCGGUGCCUGCUCGGGUACCAGGACUACGCCGCCGCCCGGCGCGCGCUGUCGCCGGGCGACGGCACCGCCUUCGUCGCCCCGCCCUGGUGCACCGCCUUCGAGAGGUCCGUGCUCUGGCUCGGGGGGUGCCGCCCCGCGCUCGCCAUCCGCCUGCUCUACAACCUCUCCGGGGAGGGCCUGGGCGCGCAGGUCGAGGAGUUCGUCAACGGCCGCGGGCCCCUUCCCAGGGGCAGGAUGGGGAUCACGCCCGGGCAGCUGGUGCUCGUCAACGACCUCCACCGCCGGACGCUGCACCAGGAGCACGCCCUCUCGGGCCGCCUCGCCACCCUGCACGAGGACGUCGCGGACAGCCCGCUCUUCCCCAUCGUGCGCCAGCGCGCCGCGGCUACGGCGGCGGCGGCGCAGCUGGCGCCCGGCUGCGACGGCGCGUUCGGGAGGCUCGGGGUGGCCGGGCCGGGGGGCGUGGACGCCGAGGUGGACGCGGCGCUGAGCAGCUACAGGGCCGGGCUGGCGCAGCUGGUGGCGGAGGCCGACGCGCUGCGGAUGGAGACGGUGCGGGCGAUGGCCACGGAGAUCCUGACGCCGCGGCAGGCGGUGGAGAUGCUGGCGGCGGCCAAGCAGCUGCACCUCUCCGUCCGCGACGGGACCCGCCGCACGGAAGGCGCCGCCGCCCAGCAGGCGCGCGCCGUGAUGGCCAACAGCGCCGCCGCCGCCGCCCGCCGGACCCCAUGACAGGCUCGCCCUUCCUCCUCACACUUGCCUGCUGCCCUUCUUGCAGCAUCCUCCCGUCCCCGUGUCUAUACCCCUGAAACAACCACCUCUAGUACCGCCAUCUUCGUUCUUUUAUAGAUCGAUCGCCCUAGCUAGUACAUAUUACUAUCCUCCAUUGAUCUGUACAAAGCUCUUGCAUGCAUGUGUUGUGACAGAACCGCCAAAUUAAAACUCAAAUUAAGCUAAAUGGCCAUCAUUUGAA